ACUAGAUGUGAACGUAGUCUACUUGAACUUUACUAGUAUUUAUUCAUAAUUUAUCUAAACUAAGAAAAGGGACCAUUGACCUUUUCCCUUAUUUGACGUAUGUAAACCUAAUACUCAUUAACGAUUAUAAUUCGGAUUUUUUUAUGCGAGUUCUAUUACUUUUUCUAUCGUUCAUCCUUUAAUAAUCUCCUUCUUUACGUAUAAUUUGGUGAAUUCUGUGCUCUAACUACUUAUUAAACCGCUUUUCUGACCUUGCAUAUUGUAUGAUUGUCUAAGCGAAAUUAUCAAGAUUCAUUUAUUGUGGAAUGUAUUACGAAACAUUAAUUGGAAUGAAGCUUACACCAACUGGAACGCAGAGAAAGCCUGUCUUGAAAUCUAUCUUAAUAUCUAUCUUCCUUUUGGUCACUUUAGUUUUCUUGAAAUAUGGCGCCAACAAGAACUCUUUACGAAAAAACUAUCAAGAGCCUUUGGAUUUAGACGACAUUAUAUUGCAAAAGUUUCGACCUAAGUAUAAGCAAAUUGAUUGGAUUUACAAUGAAAAGUAUAGUGAUACGUUUUUAGUGAAAGAGAACGAGUCUUUAUAUCUUCGUGAUCCUUUUGAUUUAAAUGAACUGUUAUUUUCUGACAGUGAUCUUGUGUAUAAGGAUCAACGUAUCGUUUAUGACGGAUAUUCUGUUUCUGCAGACGCUCGAUAUGUUCUAUUAAGUGUGAACAAAACUCAGAGAUGGAGGCAUUCUUUUUUUGCUUCUUAUUAUUUGUACGAUACCAUAGAAAAAUUUGUGAGUCCGCUUGUUCCUGAGGAAGAAAAUCUGCGCGUAAGCUUGGCUGUUUGGUCCCCUACAGGACAUCGAUUGGCCUUUGUGUAUGAAAAUAACAUACAUGUACUCAUGGGAAAUAGGGAAAUUAUCACCCUUACGGUUGAUGGAAGCGAGAGUGUCUUUAAUGGGUUGUCCGAUUGGAUUUAUGAGGAAGAAGUCCUCUCAAGCCCUUCCACAAUAUGGUGGUCUCCAGAUGCUCGUAAGUUGGCAUUCCUCAGGCUAAAUGAAAGUGCUACACCGGUUUAUCAGUUUCCGUUAUAUACUACUGAAAGUGAUACUUCAAGUUAUGAAUUUAAUUACAAUAGAAACAUUCAAAUAAAGUAUCCGAAAGUUGGUCAACCGAAUCCAACUGUUUCGUUGCUAUUUACCGAUCUGGAAUCUGAUGAUACAUAUUCGUUGCAUUCUUGGAAUGACCAAAUUUUCGAAGAGACUGUGGUACAAAAUUUGCUCUGGGUCAAUGACUCAAGCGCUCUUGUCCAAUUUACCAAUCGCAACAGUACUUGCAAAAAAGCAGAUUUAUUACACUUAGAGACAAAAAAGAUUCACUCAGUUCUUAGUGAGUGUCUUACUGAUGGGUGGUUUGAGGUGCAACAAUCUGCAAAGACGCUGCCUGAGGACAAUCCAAGAUAUCAAGUAUGGGCCAACGGAUUUUUUGAUAUUAUGCCUUAUCAGGAUUACAAUCAUUUAGCUUUCAUUCCUUUUAACAAAUCAUCCCCCGUCUUUUUGACUUCCGGUACUUGGGACGUUACCGAAGGGCCGCUAUCAAUAGAUGUUUCUCGAGGAUGCUUAUAUUUCAUUGGAACAUUGAAGGAUUCUUCAGAACGCCAUUUGUACUAUGUUUCUUUGGAUGAUAUGAGAGUACACAAUGUUACUGAUGAUGGUGUACAAGAUGGUUACUACUCGACUAGCUUUUCACCUUCAGGUAAUUUUUAUGUAUUGAGUUAUCAAGGUCCCAAAGUUCCUUGGCAGGAGCUUCGUUCUAUUCAGCAAAGCAACUUUACGGUCCCAAUUGAGGAUAAUGAACGUUUACAUGAAUUGUUGGCUUCUUAUAAUCUACCGCAAAUCAAAUAUGGCAAACUCAAUGUGAAUAAUACUUUAUUACCUUAUAUGGAGCGAAAGCCCACAAAUUUCAAUCCUUCCAAAAUAUACCCUGUUUUAUUUUUUGCUUACGGUGGGCCUGGAUCUCAACAGGUAUCCAAACUCUUCCGUAUAGACUUCCAGACUUAUCUAGCUUCUCAUCCAAAUUUUGAGUAUAUUGUGGUUACUGUUGAUGGCAGAGGAACAGGAUUUAAUGGAAAUGGUUUUCGUCAAUCUGUAUACCAAAACCUAGGUGCUUUGGAAGCGAUGGACCAAGUGAGUGCUGCUGAACAUUGGGCACAGUUUCCUUUUGUUGACCAAAAUAAAAUAGCUAUUUGGGGCUGGAGUUUUGGUGGUUAUUUAACCUUAAAAACAUUGGAAGCUUCCAACGUGUUUUCUUAUGGUAUGGCAGUCGCCCCUGUUACGGAUUGGCGUUUGUACGACAGUAUUUACACGGAGAGAUAUAUGAACCUUCCAAAAUUUAAUAAAGAUGGUUAUGAGAGUUCGAAAGUGCAUAAUUAUGAGAUGCUUAAGGAGAAAAAGCGGUUUUUAGUUGCACAUGGCACAGGUGAUGACAAUGUGCAUUUUCAACACAUAAUGCAUCUUAUGGAUACAUUGAACCUUGCGAACUGUUACAAUUAUGAUAUGGCUGUUUUUCCUGAUAGCGCCCAUUCUAUCAGCUAUCACAAUGCUAGUCUUGCUAUAUAUCAUCGUUUGAGUGAAUGGAUCUCUAUGGCUUUUCAGAACCACAGACUAUGAUUUCGCAGUUUUUCCGUUCAAAAUUCAAAAUUCAUAUAAGUCGAAAUUUUUUUUGACCAAACUCUUUGGUGCUGCGUAGCAACGAGACAGUGAACUUUUUUGUCGUUUCCAAGGUUUGAUUAUGGAGUCCAAGAAUCCCGGUUUAGCUGUUCCAAGAGGAUUAUUUUUUUGUUAUAUUAUUUAAGAAUUAGUCCCUGAAAGAAAUACAUUGACACGCAACUCUCGUUUGUUUAUGAUAAAUACGCCGUAAUGACUUGAUUUAUGUGCUGGAGUUUCAUUUAGUAAUUGAAAUCCUGUUAAUUGGCCCCUUUAUAUUCAAUGCUCGAUAAUAUCAGUAUACUAUUGAUAUGCAAUCAUCCAAAGUACCUAGUAAAUCUUAGUAUGUAAGCUAUGUGAUGAUUGUGUUACAGAUAUAGUAUCAAAGAGUGGAUGGAUCUAUGUUGAAAGACUACUUGAACUUUUUUUAGCUAUAUGGGCUUAACUGGAGAGAAAUCUAGGCUAUGGUUUGCUUGAAUCUUUUUAUAGGUAAUAUAUGAACCUCAAAAUCAUUGAAUAUAUGUAAAG